AUGUCCAAUGCCCUGCUGUCCAAGAACAAGAUGGCCUUUGUUGAUGGAUCUCUUAAGAAACUUGAUGAAUCUUCACCUGACCAAUUUGCAUGGAGGAAAUGCAAUUCUCUGGUCAUCACAUGGCUCUUCAACUCACUUGCAUGGGAUCUUCACGACAAUGUAGCUUAUGUGGAUUGCUUCACUGAUAUCUGGCAUGAUCCUGAAGAAAGUUUUUCACAAAGGAACACUCCUCGAAUCUUUCAUCUCAAACGAGAAUUGGCCUUAAUCAGGAAAGAUAAUUUUCUGAUCUCUGCCUACUUCACUAAACUGAAAUCUUUAUGGGAUGAGCUCUCUGUUUACUUCCAGAUUCCAAGUUGCACCUGUGGAUCAUGCACCUGGGGAGCAACAAAAGAAUUCAUGGCUGAUAAGGAAUGA